CUGGUGCUGUUGAUGGCGGGAUACGGGGUAGCGGGGCAUCAGCAUGGACACCAUGGCGGUGCGGAUGGGGGGAAACAUGUUCCGUUGCAUGAACGGGAAUAUAUCCAGGAUCCGGUGGAAGAGCUGGAGAGGAAGUGGAGCUUUGAGUGGGGAUUCUCCGGAGUAAACUCCUUCGCACACCUCGAGCACGUAAAAUGCCUCACAAAACCAGACAGCACAUUCGAUAUCGGCAUAAUCGGCGUUCCAUUCGACACUGCCGUGAGCUACAGACCGGGCGCUCGUUUCGGCCCCCGUGCAAUCCGCGCUGCUUCUGCGCGUCAAAAUUCUUUCCGCGGCUUCAACGCCAGAGCAGGAAUAAACCCCUACCUCUCCUGGGCCAAGAUCCUCGACUGUGGUGACGUUCCCGUAACACCGUUUGACAACUUCGUUGCGCUUGAACAGAUGACUUCCUCAUAUCUCGAGCUCGGACACCGCUCUCCCCUCUCUUCCCUAUCCUCCCGGCCAAAGUUAAUAAGUCUUGGAGGAGAUCAUAGUAUUGCGUUGGCGGCAUUAAGAGGGUUACAUAAAGUGUAUGGAGGACCGAUAGCGGUGCUGCAUUUCGAUGCCCAUCUUGAUACCUGGCAUCCGGCGAAAUAUCCGAGCCCGUGGCCGAGUGAGCAGGCGCAGUUUAACCACGGCUCUAUGUUCUGGAUGGCGAGUAACGAGGGACUGAUCUUGAAUGGUUCGUCUGUGCAUGCUGGGCUGAGGACGCGGCUGUCAGGGGUUGAUUGGGCGGAUUAUGAAGACGAUGAUUCCCAAGGUUUCUUGAGGAUUUCAAGUGAUGAUAUUGAUGAUAUUGGUCCGAAAGGCGUCAUUGAUGCCAUCAUGUCCCGGAUGGGGACCGAGGUCCCCGUCUACCUAUCCCUCGAUAUCGACGUCCUCGACCCCGGCCUUGCUCCGGGAACCGGCACGCCUGAAGCGGGGGGCUGGACGAGCAGAGAACUCAUCAGGAUACUGAGAGGUAUUGAGGGGUUGAAUCUAGUGGGAGCGGAUAUUGUCGAGGUUGCGCCGGCGUAUGAUGGCGUCGGUGAGCAGACCGCGCUGGCGGGAGCGCAGGUUGCGUAUGAGAUUUUGACGAGUAUGGUUAAGAGGGGAUUGAAGGAUAUGGGGAAGGUUGCGGAGGUGCCCGGUGGGAAAGGGGAGGGGAACAAAGACGAGUUGUAGGUUUGGGGGUUAUGAUAGGAAUUGACAGGAAGGUUUGAUACAAGGGGAAUCGCACUGUUGAAGAGCA